AUGUCGUCGGAAUGUUCAAAUAAAGAUUGGAUUAUUGAAUUAAAUGUUCGUCCAAAUUCAAUGUCUCCUAUUGAUCCACCAUCAUAUGAUGAAAAUGAAAAUGAUUCUCGUAUUUUAUUCUCAAUAUAUUCCAUGACAUUAGGAGAAAGUUUUUCAUCACAUAAUAUUGAUUCUUAUAUUCUUGAUCAUAUUCAAAUUGAAAAAGAAUGUUCACAACAAGAUGAUUUAACGUUAGUUUGGUCUGAUGCUAUUUCAUUGACAUUAUGUUUUUUAGCAAGUUUAGCUCAUCAUGGAGAUUAUUCACAAGAACAUUUAUUACAAAGAUAUUUUCAAUGGUGGAUGAAUGGAUAUAUGUGUCCAACUGGUCUUUGUUUUACUCCACAUGUUGAUAUUAAAAAAUCUAUUGAUUUAUUUGGUGAAACUCAAGCAGCUCAAGCAUUAGGUAUAGAAGUUGAUAUAGAAAAAAAAACCUAUGGUCUUUCACCAAAACCUGCAGCAUUACUUCGUUUAUCUCCAAUUAGUUAUUUUUAUUCAAAACAUUCUUAUUCAAAACGUCUUGAAAUUAUAAAAGAUUGUGUUAAAAGAAUGUUUGGAAAAUCUACAUCAAUUGAUGUAUUUGUUGCUUAUAUUGAAUUACUUGUUAAUGCUCUUAAUGGUUUUUCAAAAGAAGAUAUUAUUCAAUCAAUUAAAUUAAAACAAAAUUCAAAUGAUUCUUUAAAUAAGAUUUUUUUUCUUUUAAUUAAUUUUAUUUCAAAUGAUAAUAAUAAUAUUGAACAAGGUCUUCAACGUGCUUUAAAAAUGAUAUAUAUACAACAAAAAGAAUGUAAAUAUCUUAAUCCUUAUGAUUCAGAUGAAACUAUUCUUUUAACACUUUAUUUACAAAUAAGUGGAGCUCUAUAUAAUUCUAUUCCUGAUCAAUGGUUUAAAAAAAUCUAUGCAAGAAAAACAAUUGAAUCUUUAACUAAAUGGAUUAUUUAUGAAAGAAAUCAAAACUUACAUUCAAUUUAA